GCAGGGAGUCGGUCCUAAUACUCGAGUAGGCUAGAAAAUGAAGCGAAUGCUCGAUAAGGCGAGGUCCCGUCGUGCAGCUAUAUGCGUCUUUCUCACGAACAUAUAUGUAUGUACAUAUAGUCGUAGCUCGGCUCGCCGUUUACCCGCGUCAGUCGUUCCAGUGCGUCCGUCAUAACCUUUUCGCGCUCGCUGCAUCUAUACCAUACCAAAUUAUCGACAACAACAAAAACAAUCAAACAGCAAAUGGAACGCGAUCGAAGGUGUGCUCGAGCCUCUAAAUCGAGCUUGUGCAGCAGCAAUGAAAUAAGCAGACGACGAUGGCUCAGUAAUUUUUACUAGCCAAGUCUCGGCGAAGCUUUCGUAGGCUCCCGAACGAGUUCGCCAGGCGCCAACGAAAAGCACGAUUCAAUUUCGAGCGAGUGCAGCUUCGUGAAUGCUUCGGAUCGCGACUAUCGAUACGGUGCAGAGCUAAUGAGAGCUCGAAAAAGGACUCGCGAGCCUGCGAAUAUAGACGAUCGAGCGUCAAACUGCUUGGGUCGCAUCGCCAUUCGAGCAAAGCUGCAAGCUCGACAAUCGAAUGGAGUCUUGGAUGUGCAAGCUCGAAAUAAAUCCAAACGGUCAAUUUGUCAAUCGGUAGCGAAAGGUCGAACGAGCUUGCCGAUGAAAUAAAAUAAAAUAGUAAAACUGAUCGAGUUGAAAAUAGCUGGAAUAUAGAAUUGGAAGAGGUGGUGGCCGUAACGAGUCGAUCGGCUCGAAGAAAUGGGCCCCACCAGCCGACGAGCCGAAGUAGCAAGGAGCAAAGUAGCGGCGAGUGGGAGCUGGCAGCUGUUGCAGCGCACAAAGAGCAGGAGGGCAUAAAAAGGAAGGCUUUUUACGUGCCUUCUCGCGUGCGUAGCCAAAGUAGAGUCGCCACUCAGCUGAUCGGCGCGAGUCGGCCCCCCUAUAUAGGCGCACGAUACAAUCGCUCGUCGCUCCAGUCGUCGUCAGUGGCAGUCUGCUGGCCGCUGUGUACACACAUAUACUCUACUCUACUCUGCUGCUGCUGCUGCUGCUGCUGCUGUAUACCAACUAUACUACUGCUACUACUACUACAACUACUACUACUACUACUACUCGUCUGCUCAAACGUUCAACCAUGUGUGGAAUUUUCGCUUACUUGAACUACCUGACGCCCAAGAGUCGCAAGGAGAUUUUGGAGCUUUUGGUAGGCGGCCUGAAGCGUCUCGAAUACCGUGGCUACGAUUCCGCAGGCGUCGCUUUGGACUCGAGCGAUGGCAAGGACAUCGCCAUCAUCAAGAAGCAGGGCAAAGUCAGAACUCUCGAGGAGGAAAUCUUUCAACAUUCAAAUUUGGAGUUUGACUCGAAUAUCGAGAGUCACGUAGGCAUCGCCCAUACGAGAUGGGCCACCCACGGAGUGCCAUCCGAGAUCAAUUCGCACCCCCAGCGCUCGGACCUCGACCACUCGUUCGUCGUCGUUCACAACGGCAUCAUUACCAACUACAAAGACAUCAAGACACUCCUGGAGCAGCGCGGCUACGAGUUCGAAAGCGAAACCGACACGGAAAUUAUAGCCAAACUCAUUCAUCACCUCUGGGUCCAGCACCCGAGCUACUCGUUCCGGGAGCUCGUCGAGCAAGUCGUCCAGCAACUGGAAGGCGCCUUUGCUCUCUGCUUCAAGAGCAAACACUUCCCCGACGAGUGCGUCGCCACCAGGAGAGGAUCACCGCUGCUCGUGGGCAUCAAAACCAAGACCAGAUUGGCCACCGAUCAUGUGCCCAUCCUCUACGGCAAAGAAACCGAAGCAGCGACGACAGAGCAUCGUCCGCACCGUCGUGGCUCGGACAUCACGAUGCUGCCGAGAAGCGAGAGUACCUCGGAAUUCCAGCCGUUGGAAGACAAUCAAGUCGAGUAUUUCUUCGCCUCGGACGCAAGCGCCGUUAUCGAGCACACGAAUCGAGUGAUUUUCCUCGAGGACGACGACGUGGCCGCCGUGAAGCUGGGCGCGCUCAACAUUCACCGUCUGCGGCGCAGCGGCGCGGGCGACGACUCUCACGCCCGCGAGAUCCACACCCUGAAAAUGGAGAUCCAGCAGAUAAUGAAGGGCAACUACGAGUACUUUAUGCAGAAGGAGAUCUUCGAGCAGCCCGAGUCGGCCGUCAACACGAUGAGGGGCCGGCUCAACUUCCAGGACAACUCGGUGACCCUGGGCGGCAUCAAGGACUACAUACCGGAGAUCAAGCGCUGCCGCCGCCUCAUGCUCAUCGGCUGCGGCACGAGCUACCAUUCGGCCGUGGCGACCCGACAGCUCCUCGAGGAGCUCACCGAGCUGCCCGUCAUGGUCGAGCUCGCCUCCGACUUUUUGGACAGGAACACGCCCGUUUUCCGCGACGACGUCUGCUUCUUCAUCUCUCAGUCGGGCGAAACGGCCGAUACCCUCAUGGCGCUGAGAUACUGCAAAGGACGCGGCGCUUUGAUCGUCGGCGUGACCAACACCGUCGGCAGCAGCAUCUGUCGCGAAUCCCACUGCGGCGUGCACAUCAACGCCGGGCCGGAAAUCGGCGUCGCCAGUACAAAGGCUUACACCUCGCAGUUCAUCUCCCUCGUUAUGUUUGCUCUCGUUAUGAGCGAGGACAGGAUCUCGUUCAGGCAGAGGCGAUUGGAGAUCAUCGAGGGAUUGAAGAAUCUCGACCAACAAAUCCGUCAAGUUUUGAAGCUCGACGACCAAGUCAAGGAACUGGCCAAGUCCUUGUUCCAACACAAAUCUCUUCUCAUCAUGGGCAGAGGAUAUAAUUUUGCUACCUGCAUGGAAGGCGCAUUGAAAGUUAAAGAGUUGACCUACAUGCACAGCGAAGGCAUAAUGGCUGGCGAGCUCAAGCACGGACCGCUCGCUCUCAUCGACGACUCCAUGCCCGUCAUGAUGAUCGUCAUGAGGGACCCCGUCUACGUUAAAUGCAUGAACGCCUUGCAACAAGUGACGGCCCGCGACGGACGACCCAUCGUCAUUUGCGAGGAAGGCGACGAAGAGACCAAAUCGUUCGCCGCGAAGGUUCUGCAGGUGCCCAAGACCGUCGAUUGCUUGCAGGGAAUCCUCACCGUCAUUCCGCUGCAGCUCUUGUCUUUCCACAUAGCCGUGCUGCGCGGAUGCAACGUCGAUUGCCCGCGCAAUCUCGCCAAGUCCGUUACCGUCGAGUAAACGUUUUAAGCUCGCUCUCGUCAGUCGUCGAGCUUUUUUCUCUAUCUUCUUUAUUUUUUGCCGCCUCCUCGUGGAUCCUUCGAGUUGUUUCUUUCUACUCGAAAGAUCGCGCGCAACGACUACAAACUCGUUGCGCUCUGUAAUCCUUGUGUCGCUUUCAAAGCAACAGAAACAUUGACAAAGCGAUCGAGAUCUAUUUUUUUACCUAACGUAUUUUAUUAGCUUUAAGCGUUGUAAUCGUUGUAAGCCUGCUUGGAUUUAAACAAGUUUCUCUCGUAAUAUUAUCUUUUGCUCAAAAGCAAAAGCUAUAUAUAUAUCAUUUUGUAUUUGUAACAUUCCAACAUUUUCGCAUGCCUCUAUAAAUGACCGAAAAAGUUGCCUCGCGUUUAGUUGUAAUCUCAGUGCAGUGUUAGUAUUAUUUUUUAUGCAUUUUUGAAUUUCUUUGUUGCGACUAAAUACAAGAGUGACAAAUUAUGUUAUAGAUUGUACUUGGGAAAGACUUUGAUUUUCGAUAAAAGUAAAGAAAUGGUUCAUAUACAACGAGCAAGCAACGUUAAAACACUGGCAAGAUAUUAUAUUUGAAAUUGAAUUUGAACAUUAAAUGACGUUCAGAGGCGCAGGACUUUUAUAAAGUUCAAUUAUAUUGAGCAGAAUUGUAAAUAAGAUGAUUAUACAAUUGAUUACUAGAUUCUACAAUAAUUUGAUAAGAUACUUGAUAGCGGCAAAUGAGGUAGCGAUUGGACCAAGCUUGUUUUCAAAUUAUGGUAGAUCGAGUAAGGUAAUUUUUAAAGGAACAAACAGACGAUUACACAUAUGUAUAAUCAUGAUUUUAUCGAUAUUUUAAAAGAAAUAUUAGGAUUGAAUUGCGAGAAGGCAAGUCAAGUAUAUUUUGCAUAAAGACGAGUUAUGAAAACUAUACUCAUGUAUCUAUGACUCAUUGUAUCCAAGUUUUAAUUUAUAGCGCACAAAAAAUCGCAAGUUUUGCUACGAUUAUCAUUAUCACGAAAGUUUGUAAGCUGUUCUUUGGCAAACUUUGCCUGUAACGACAAUAAAUUUUGAAAUAUUAA